AUGAUGUGUGUCACAGUUUGCAGUAGUGGUAACGAGAUGAAGACUGUCCUUAUAUUGACAGGGUUCAUUGCCCUGGUGAAGGGAGGAUCCCUUCCUCACGAAAAUCUUAAAACGAAGUGUGUUGAAGAGCCGUUUAUUGGGCGUCAGAAACAAAUUUUGGCCCUUUUUGAACAUUCAGAACAAUUGGACAUCCACUCUGAAUACUAUCAACUUGGUCAAUAUUACAAUAUUGAGGCUAACAUUGAUAAUUACAGCAACAAAGACGCUGUUAAGGAAUUCUUGAUAUUAUUCAAAGCAGGUUUUCUGCCAAAAUAUCAUAAAUUCUCCGUUUUCUACGAAAGGAUGAGGAAUGAAGCCGUCGCCAUGUUUUAUAUGAUGUACUACGCUAAAGACUUCGACAUCUUCUAUAAAACUGCAUCGUGGGCAAAAAUACACAUGAAUGAAGAACAGUUUUUAUAUGCCUACUACAUCGCCGUGGUUCAAAGAGGAGAUACUACUGGCAUCAUUCUUCCAGCUCCCUAUGAAAUUUACCCGCAGUUUUUCUUCAACAAAGAAGUUUUGUUAAGAAUGUACCGUACCAAAAUGCAGGGGGGUGUGUUCAAUGAUGAGGCUGCAGCCUAUUACGGUAUUGUGAAAGAGAAUAACUCAUAUAUAUACUACGCCAAUUAUUCCAACGGCUUAACUUAUCCAAACCAGGAGCAAAAGCUGUCAUACUUUACUGAAGAUAUUGGCUUGAACUCAUACUACUACUACUUUCACACACACAUGCCUUUCUGGUGGAAAAUUGAAAAACUGAGUAUCCUAAAGAAUCGCACCGGUGAAUUUUUUUUCUACUACUAUCAGCAAAUUCUAGCACGGUAUUAUUUGGAGCGUCUUACAAAUGGAUUAGGAGAAAUUCCUGAGUUCUCGUGGUACUCUAAAUUUGAAACUGGGUACUACCCACAAUUGACAGGAAACUUUCUGCCUUUCACCCAAAGAAGUAAUGAUUAUGAAAUACAUAAUGAAAACACCUACGAUUACAUUCGCUUCCUAGAUGCCUAUGAGAAAACAUUUUCGCAAUUUCUUCAAAAAGCAGAGUUUAAAUCUCCUGAGAAACAACUGAACUUCAUUGGAAAUUAUUGGCAUACGAAUUCCAAUUUAAACGACGAAAAAACUAACAAGGAUCUUCACCAGUAUUCUUAUGAAAUCAUUGCUCGUCACGUCCUCGGUGCUAGCCCCAAACCAGUUGCCAAGUAA